AUGAGUUCACUUUUUCACAUAGGAGAGCAGCAGAAAGAAAACUCGCACAGCAUUUGCGACGCUGAUCCGUUCACGUUCUUCUUUCCAGUGGAAACGAAAGUAAAGCGGCUUUCGCCGAUCGGUCAAGCAGUGACGCGUCAUAUGUUCCCAUCACAUGACGUACACGCGGUAGGACACGUACAAAUUGACAUUAAUUUAAUGUUAUCGCACCACAAGUGUUGUUUCCAAGCACUACCUGCAGAUAUCUUGCGAGAGAUAUUUCUUCUGGUGUCUUCAAAUGCCGCAGAUGUUACCCAGUUUCCGUGGACUGCCGCUCAUAUCUGUGCGGAAUGGAGAACCAUCGCUAUGCACACACCAAUUCUCUGGUCCAAGAUUCACGUCAUUACAACCCUACCAUCCAGAGUACUACCCUGUGAUAUGGGUGAAAUGGCCAAACUUGAAUGCCUGCCCUCGAAGGAAAUUGAACAACUUCCGAGGAAGUUCCAGAUGCUCGAGUUGCUUAUGGAUCACGCACCUCGAUGGAAGGUGGCUUACCUGUCAAGUGGCCAAGAGGAUGUGUCCCUCGGCAACGGGCUCCACCGCCUGAGAGGGCGUAUUCUAAACCUGGAAUGUCUUUCGAUCGAUGUCGGCACGUUUCCUAUGGAAUUCCCAUUCCUCAAAAAAAAUUUUAGUAUUACCUCACGGUUAUUCAAGCUCGCCAUCCGUAAUAAUUAUGACGAGGAAGUAGUAUUUCCGUGGCAGCAAAUCAAGAGGCUCGUUUUCAAUGGAUUUCAUGACCUACCAUACAUUCUUCGCGCUCUUCGCUCCGCGCAAAAUGUUGAGCAUCUCACCUUCAGUCCAAAUGCAUUGAGGGCCUUGGAUUUGAAUGCCGUUCCUAUCGCUCUCCCUACCAUUCGCUGCCUUGACAUCGAUUAUGACCAAAUAAACCCACCGUCUCUGCUUUCUCGCAUAAUUCUUCCCGGGCUGCAGAAACUAUUCAUAGAUCAUGAUGGCCUUGUCGAGCAGGGAAAUCUAAUCUCGCUGGAUUUCAUGACUAAGAAUUUUGUCCCAUUUGAAACAGUCGCUUACCAGGAGUGGCAUGCAACGUUUGUGCCGUUGGUGCAAUUUGGACCCGCUUUCAAAGACGUGAUCGCUCUGUGGCCUACCCUGAUGUACCUCGAUGUUGGCUUUGUUCCACCGAUAGAAAACAUUGACCUAGUGUUUUCGUUCAUGAUUCAGCGAAUCGUGAUUCCUGCACUGCGGAGCUUGAGGAUCACUUUUAGGGUCUGCAACAUUUGGGAGGGUAGCCCACGUAUCGGAGAACAACUCGUCGAGGUGGCUAUGAUGCGGAGGAAUAGCUUACGAGUCUUCGAGGCUUCAGUUUAUGUGGAAAAAAGCCAGGGUGGUACGGCCAUCCUCAGUAGUGCGGAUAAAGCUUCUCUGGAAGCACUGAAGGCAAAUGGCAUGUCGAUUAAAGUCAGGUAA